CCCAUCUCAUACAGCUUAUCAUCAUUAUAACUAUAUAUCCCCUUUCUCUUUCUCUCUCACUCACACACACAAACGAGAUAGGCAAUUUCUUCCAAUUGAUCAUCUCCAAAGAAUUAUAUAUAAUGGGAGCUGAGAUUGAAGCAAUUAUGAGCAGAUCAGCGCUGCCAUUUGGAGGUGAAAACAUGAUGAGAAAAGGGGAGCUGCCAAUGUUGUCGUUGAACCAUGUCUCUUAUGUCUGCAAAUCUGUGCAGAAAUCUGUCGAAUUCUAUGUCAAAGUUCUUGGAUUUGUCCUCAUCCAAAGGCCUUCUUCCUUCAAAUUUGAAGGGGGCAUGGUUGUUCAACCAUGGAAUUGGAAUCCAUCUUCUAAAGUCGGAUAAUGUGAAAAACAAUAAAGAAAAAAUAAAUCCGAAAGACAACCACAUCUUAUUCCAAUGCACAUAUAUGAAUGUAAUUAUAGAACGAUUGGAGGGAAUGAAGAUUGAAUAUGUGAAGGCAGUGGUGAGAGAAGGUGGAAUAAUUGUGGAUCAAAUAUUCUUCCAUGAUCUAGAUGGUCACAUGAUUGAAAUUUGCAACUGCCAAGAUCUGCCUGUUCUCCCUCUCACAGCUUGCCCUAUUAGGAAGAUGUCCACUCCCAAAAUCACCAUACCCAAAACGCUGUCGUUUUAUGGUGGGAAGAAGCAAUGCAGUGGGGAAGUAGAAGCCAUGAUGAUUGAGAACCUAGCAAUGGACAUGAUGAACAUCUCCAUUUGAGGAGUGAAUCACACUGGGAUUUAAUGUCUUUACUUUUUUUUGGAGGUUUGGUGAGGUGUCAUGCUAUGAUAGGCUAUAUAAUAUGCAUACAUAUAAGUAUUUGUAAUAUAGUAUUAUGAUUCCAGCAAUUUGAGUGUGACGUUUUGAUUGCGAGGAACACUGUCAUGGUUCAAUCGAACAUGUACGACUUAUUCAUUUCAAAUAAAAUAAAAGAGUUUCCACGCA